GUAUAUCAACUCCAGGAUAAUGGCCGUUACUAUGGACCCCAAGCCAGAGACAUUGCGAGAAAAUGUCAUCCUAAAGUUCAAAAACCUAAAGAUAACAUGAAAAUUAGUUGUUAUAAGUUGUUUUGAUUUAUUCUGACAAGAUAAAAUCCAUUUUCAGGUCUUGACUGUGGAGAAGCGCUGUAUGUUUUGGAGUGGCCUCAACAAAAGGUAAAAACUACAAUAUGUUAUUGUAUUGUAUUUAUUCCUUCUUAAUUUAAAUUAAGUAUGGGGGAGAGUGAAUGAACUUUCUCAGAUGUUUUCACGCAGAUGAUCACUUUCCCGGAAGCCAACAUGUUGUCGUUUUUUAGAGAGGGGAUGUCUGAUUGAAAUGUUCUCGUAGCUAUGACUACAAUGGAAGAAAAUCUUAGCGCAAAAUUGUCAAUCACCUCUUCACCAAACUAUGAAAAUUUUUUAACUUUACUUUUUUUUCAUGUCCGACAGCUUUUCAGAGGAAGGAUGCCAUGUAGUUACAUCAAAAAGCAACUCAGACGAAACAAUCUGCAGCUGCAAUCAUUUGACGCAUUUUGCCGUCUUAAUGGACUACGACGGUAGCAAAAAGGUAACAAAAUUUUUUUUGCCUUACUCAAUAAUUUUAUGGGCUCAAUGAACUAACUUAAUAUUGCCAUUAAAUUUUUCUUUUUUUGACACAGCUCACCGAGGAGGACGAAACAAUUCUGAAAGUUAUCACCUACGCGGGACUGAGCCUUUCUAUCGUCGGGAUACUUUUAACAUUAAUACUUUAUUCUUUGCUCACGUAAGUAAUGUACCUGAAUAAUAAUGAGGUAGAUUCUUAACUCUCCUUAACACGGCUGGAGAGAAGAGAGAUCUCAAUGCAACUCUCCACGCAAACAAGAACAUGCAUGUUGGAUAAUUUACCAAUUCAAGCUACAUUUCAUGCCCCAUCACGAACGUUUGACCAAAUCAUGUCUUCAGUAUGUUGCUGUUAUUGUCGUUUUUGCUUUUGUCUUAUUCGUUAUUUUCUUUUUUUUUUACUAUUAUUUCAUCAGAGAUCUUUGUCAACCUCUCUCUUAAAUUCGACUGAGUGUUUCUGCGUCCCUUGGAGCUGGACAGAUCAUCUUCCUCGCCGGAAGGCCUCACCAGUGGCCUCUCCUUCUGUCUAUAGAAUGAGUUUACUCUUUGCACCGUUAAGAAGUAUACGAAAACUCUUUCUUUUCACAGGCUGCCUGUGUUACAGUAGCAGCUCUGAUGCAGUAUUUCUUGAUGGCUGCUUUCUGUUGGAUGCUGAUCGAGGGAAUUUAUCUCUACCUCUUCGUCGUGAAAGUUUACAACAUCAACACCAAGAUGUACAUGUAUCAUGUCAUCUCAUGGAGUAAUUUUUUUUACUUUAAAACAUGCACUUGUAACUAUCACCAUGCUUUCGGAUCGCCAAAUCUAGUGUUGUCAUGCAGUAAGGUGUUUCGAUUUCGUUCCUUUCUAUAUGGGUAGGUCUUCCACUGAUCAUGGUGGCCAUUUCACUCGGCAUCGCUGCUGGAAAAGAAGGGUUACAAAGCUAUACGAGUAAUAAACAGUAAGAAAAAAAUUUAACGGUUUCUUCUUGCUCUUCUCCUUUUAAUUCGUUUCUAUUCAUUAUUUUUUUGUUUGUUUUUGCAUAUAGUUUGAAAUCGGUAUCAUUUCAUUUGCUGAGGAUUUGUGUGAUUUUCUUGUGUUUCAUUUCUUCGAGUUUAGUUGCUGGCUUUCCUCGACUAACAACCUGAUCUGGAUAUUCGUCUCCUCUGUGGCUUUCAUUGAAGUUGUGAGUUUAUGAUUAGUGUUGGUGAUUGUGAUUGGUAUACCUGGACUACUUGCUGCUAAACAUUUUUUUCUCUGCUCUUCAAAAAGCGAAUUAAAUAUUAAUGAUAUGACCCCACGCAAUAUUUACCAUUUUCCUUUUCCUAUUUACUCACAACAAACUUUGGACGUAGCUGCUGUUUAUGAGAAUGCUGGUCAAUUUUAAUUUAAUGAUGGCCGCUUUCAAUAGCGAGUGAAAUCUGUUGAGACAAUGUCUUCACAGGCAAAAGAUAGCUUCAUAAAUUCUCCAUCUUUUACUACAUCGUAUGAGAAAAAAGAUUCUUGCCCUUCCUUGUUGAUGUUCUCUCACUGUUUCACAUUGAUAUACCAAGAAAUUUUUUUCGUGCAAAAAUAACUCUUAAAACCUUGAACAAGAUGAAAGAAGCAGGAGGAGUAGGAGAUAUCAAAUUUAUGUCAUUUAACAUAAGGAUUCACUUUGCAUGGGUCAUUCAGUUUAGACACUUUAGUUCGCGAUUUCUUUGCUCAUUGUCUGAUAAUCGAAGCUCAUAAUCUAGGUCCCCCGGUUGAGAGUUCUAUUCCCUGUAAAUGACUCUUUAUCCUAAGCUUGUUACCAAACUAGUAACGUCUCUGUAAAGGAUCCUCUCCUGCUUUGUCUAUUCGAUAACCAUAUCUAAAUAAUCAAUUUAUUUUUAUUGUAUUCUUCAGCUCAAUAUCUUGAUACUCGUACGAGUCAUAAAGGAGAUGACCAAUUUGUUGCAGCCAGCAAGGGAAGAAGACUAUUCUCAGCAAAUACGGUACGUUUCACAUCAUAAAAAUAUAACAAAAUAGUGGAAGAGGUUGCUAUGUCUUCCUGUGAGGCUCUAUUCGCCCAACUUCUUCAUUCCCUAAUCAGUAAAGCCUUACGAUAUCUAAAACUGAAAAAUCCUUGUCAAAGGAAAAUAAAGCAAUAUUCUCUUUUGAUAAAGCAAUGUUCUCGUUCUCUCAUACGUGGUGAUGAUUCCCCUGCUGGGUGUCACGUGGCUAUUCGGUCUCUUCUCGCCUGUACAUAAAGGUUUCGUUUACAUCUUCACCAUACUUAACUCUGCUCAGGUCAGUGUUCGAUGGUAACAUUCAAAAUCAUUCAAUCUCUAUCAUUAUUUUAUUUUCUAACCAAGUGAGACAUCGUUACAAUUUUCACAUGAUAUUUUUUUGGAAUUUUGAAAACAAAAAGCUAUUAACUAGGCAAGAUAAGACAGACCUCUUUUGAAUUAUGAGAUAUGCAAUUUUCCUUCUUUCUUGGAAAUCUUAAUAGAUAUUUGACUAGUUUGUUUGCAUAUUGUAAAAAGUAAUGAUCCUAAUAUCACGUUUCUGCUGCAGGGUUUCCUGAUUUUUGCUCUGCAGUGCAUGCGAAACACUCAGGUAAGAAAAAACAUCAAACCGAUUAUUAACUCCAUAUCAUCAGUCUUUAGUGUUUCGAUAGAUAUCCGAGUACUAGUGUUAAGAACCAUAUUUCAUGUUGUUCGUCUAUCUGCAGAUCAGAGAGUGAUUCAAAAGAAAGAUGAAUGUUGUUUUUCCAUCUUCUUUAAAGAACAACUCCAUAAGGAAGAGCUCACAGGUCAAUCCAAGUGGGGUCGGCGAUGUAUGGGCAGUUGAAUUGCAGUCUUGUGCUGCAUUUGAAUCCAAUUCGCACUUAACUUAA